CACUGGAUUACAACCAUUAUGUGUUUGGGAGAGAGACUACUGCUACUUUGCAACGUACUGAGCUUCAAUUCAACCUUAAAACGUGCACAAGCCUUUCAACAAAGGGUUUGCAGACCCAGCACUUUGUGCAGGAGUCAUUGCUGGCACAGCAGAGCCCAGUAGACGGGAGGAGAGGGAGGGAUCUGAAGAGGAGUGCCCAGAUCAACUGUCUACAGCCUUGGCAGCAUGGGUGAAGAAGGGCCUCCCAGUCUGGAGUAUAUCAAGGCCAAGGACCUGUUCCCCCAGAAGGAGCUGGUGAAGGAGGAUGAAAGCCUUCAGGUGCCAUUCCCAGCCCUUCAGGGGGAAGGGGUGGAAUAUCUUGGCUAUGCCGAUGAAGCCAUCAUUGCCAUUUCUAACUACAGGCUCCACAUCAAAUUCAAGGACUCUGUCAUCAACACCUACCCAGGUGUGGACAGUGAGAUAUCUGUGCCUCUCAGGCUGAUAGAGAGUGUGGAGAGCAGAGAUAUGUUUCAGCUGCACAUCAUUUGCAAAGACUCCAAAGUUGUCAGAUGCCACUUUGCAACUUUCAAGCAAUGCCAGGAGUGGGUGAAGCGUCUGAACCGGGCCAUAGCUCACCCGUCCCGGCUGGAGGAUCUGUUUGCACUGGCUUAUCACGCAUGGUGUCUGGGGGGCAGCGCCGAUGAUGAAGACCAGCAUGUUCACCUCUGCCGCCCAGGUGAUCACGUGCGUCACAGAAUGGAAAUGGAGGUCAAGAGGAUGGGUUUUGACACACAGAACGUCUGGAGAGUGUCGGGCAUAAACUGCAACUACAAACUGUGCUCCAGCUACCCACAGAAGCUCCUGGUUCCAAUAUGGAUCACUGACAAGGAGCUGGAGAGUGUGGCUAACUUCAGAUCCUGGAAGAGGAUCCCUGUGGUGGUCUAUAGGCACCAGAAGAACGGGGCAGUGAUUGCCCGUUGCAGCCAGCCUGAGAUCAGCUGGUGGGGUUGGAGGAACACAGAUGAUGAGUACCUGGUGACAUCUAUCGCCAAAGCUUGUCAGAUGGGUACCAAGGGUACCUGUGCAGCACCAACCUGCCGACAACGCGGGGAAGCUCCCGACUCCUGCGAAAGUGAUUUUGACUCUUCUCUGAUGGGUGGCUCUGGCUGCAAUGACAAUACUGUGCCACAGAAGCUGUUGAUUCUGGAUGCUCGCUCAUACACCGCUGCAGUGGCCAACCGAGCCAAGGGCGGAGGCUGUGAAUGUGAAGAGUACUACCCCAACUGUGAGGUGAUGUUUAUGGGAAUGGCCAACAUCCAUGCCAUCCGGAACAGUUUUCAGGCACUGAGGACCGUCUGCAGUCAGAUCCCAGAUCCAGGAAACUGGCUUUCAGCACUUGAGAGCACCCGAUGGCUGCAGCACCUGUCUGUCAUGUUGAAGGCAGCCACUCUGGUAUGUUCAGCUGUGGAGAGGGAAGGCCGUCCUGUCCUGGUGCACUGUUCAGACGGGUGGGACCGUACACCCCAGAUUGUAGCCCUCGCCAAGAUCCUGCUGGACCCCUACUACAGGACUUUAGAGGGUUUCCAGGUGCUUGUAGAGACUGACUGGCUGGACUACGGUCAUAAGUUUGGGGACCGCUGUGGCCACCAGGAGAACGCUGACGACGUGAGCGAGCAGUGUCCUGUCUUCCUGCAGUGGCUGGACUGUGUUCACCAGCUGCUCAAACAGUUCCCCUGCCUGUUUGAGUUCAACGAGGCCUUCCUGGUCAAGUUGGUGCAGCACACAUACUCGUGUCUUUACGGCACCUUCCUGUGUAACAACGCUCGUGAGAGGGAGGCAAAGAACAUCUACAAACGCACAUGCUCUGUCUGGUCUCUGCUGCGCAGCGGAAACAAGAACUUCCAGAACUUCCUCUACAUCCCCAGUCAUGAUAUGGUGCUGCAGCCAGUCUGCCACACACGGGCAUUGCAGCUGUGGACAGCUGUCUACCUGCCCACCUCCUCCCCUUGCACCGCUGUGGACGACUCUGUGGAGCUCUACCUCCCCCCAAAUGUUGCAGGAGACGAACUCACCUCCCGUUCUCUGGACAGACUUCCCAAGACCCGCUCCAUGGACAACCUCCUGUCAGCUUUUGAGAACGGGGUGCCCCUUACACGUACUUCGAGCGACCCCAAUCUCAAUAAACACUGCCAGGAGGGUCGCUCUGCCCCGGAGCCUUCGCCAGCCUCAGAAGAACCCUCUGCAGACAUCUGUGGUGAGGUCAGUCCUGACACUGGACUAGACCACAUUGAUGGGGAAUCUCUACAUCAGAGUCCUGCCAAGACCCCACAGGAUGGCCUGUGUGCAGAGAGCUGUGAAGACACACUGGAGGAGGAGCUCUGUCUCACCACACAGCCCCUGCCCUCCCUGCCAUUUCCCCCUGUCCCUCUCAGUGAGGAUGUUGCACUCACUCCCCCUCCCCUCCCCACACCUGUCCUCCAACAGGCUUUGCCUCAGAUCACUAACCCUCCUCUCCCACCACCUCCACUGGGGGCUGAGAGCUCCUGUAGGACUGCUAAUAGGACCACACCACCCACUCAUAAAUCAGAGCCAUGUUUACCUCUCCCCUGCAAUAGCAUGCAGCCCCCAGCCACCACGACCACCACCCCUACCUUGCUGCUUAAUGGCCACACUGACAGCCAAGUAAACGGCCUCCUAGAAUCUGCAGGUCUGCUCGCUCUGAAGCAGCUAACCCCACUCCUUCCCAUGGAGGACUCCACUGAAACUCUCACAGGUGAGGGGGAGCCUCCCCCUGCCCUGCCUUCCACGGUGAACCAGGACCCCACCCAGAAUCGUGUUAUUGAUGAGGAGCAGCCUGAUUCAAAGCCACAGGUUCCAACCCAGAAGGAGAAAGAGGACACGAGGGCAGAAGCAGUGAAAGGAAGAGACCGUGUGUCAGCAGCUGCAGCAGCACCUGUAGACUCCACCCAGGUAGCAGCUCGCCAUCUGAUCUCCCAGAGCCAGCUGGCAGACCUGUCCCUGCUUGGCUCCCACUGGGAGAGCGUCCAGGGUCUGGUCCAGUCUGCUUGCAGCAGUGCCAGUCACUCUGGCGUCAGCCGAGUCACGCAUCCCAACACUUACCAGAGCCGUCGGCUUGCCAGCAAGCUACUUCGCUCCCAGGGCAUUGCCAUUGCCAGUGGGUCGCAGUGCUGUCGCAGAGAUGCUCUUUGUUGUCCCAGCAGCCCUCUGCAACCUGGAUGUUUGUCUGCUGCCAGGAGUGCAGGCCACACUGGGCUGUAUGGGCCUGCAGCUAUCGCCCUCAACAGCUUCUCCAUGGCAGGCCAUCAGCUCCUGCCGGUGUCAUACUCCUCGCCCUCUGCUUCCAGCUCUCCUCCCCCACCCCAGGCCCCAGCUUACCUCGACGAUGAUGGGCUGCCGGUGCCUAUGGACGCUGUGCAGCAGAGACUGCGGCAGAUAGAGGCGGGCUACAAGCAGGAGGUGGAGGUGCUGAGGCUGCAGGUGCGGCAGCUGCAGAUGAGACUGGAGAGUAAACAGUACAGCACCCCUCCCUCUGAGCCAGACGUCGACUACGAGGAUGACAUUACGUGUCUGCGUGAGUCAGACAACAGCAAUGAGGAGGAUUCUCUGUCGACCCACAGUGAAGACCGUCUGUCUGAGGGCAGCUGGGAUCGAGUGGAGCGCAGAGACACAGAGGUCACAAGGUGGGUGCCUGACCACAUGGCCUCCCAUUGUUUCAACUGUGACUGUGAGUUCUGGAUAGCCAAGAGACGUCACCACUGCAGGAAUUGUGGCAAUGUGUUCUGUAAAGACUGUUGUCAUCUGAAGCUGCCCAUCCCGGAUCAGCAGCUGUAUGACCCGGUGCUGGUCUGCAACACCUGCCACGAUCUGCUUCUGGAAUCCCGCACCCGCGAGAUCCGCAGCCAGCAGCUCAAGAAGGCCAUCGCCACUGCCUCCAGCUGAGUGAAGCGUCAUGUAGCGUGGCCCGCCUCGGCUCUGUCCUGCUCGUUUUGGACUGAUGAGCCCCAACCCGCUGAUGAGGAGGAAUUGUUGGUCUCUGGGAGGCUCGCUUUGGAAACGGAGGUGCACCGUGAGACGGUCUGAGAGGCGGACAAGAGGAAAGUGAAAGUCAGAAGUGCAGGUGUCAGCAGGGGAGGUUUUCCUACGCAGCGAACCCCUUCUGUUCAGAGACAUUUUCAGCCUGGAGCGCUGCAGCGUCAAGUUGCCUGCACGUGGUUCAGUCCUCUAGCGGUGCCCUGACUGAGACACAUCUCCAACCUGUCACCCACCUCUAAACACCUGCACCCUCCUUACGGACACUGUCUCGCACUUCAGAGGACAAUCACUCACCCUUCCACGUGUCGGGGACUCCAAAGCCUUUACCUGUACUACUGGAGGCUUUCAACUUUAAAAGAAAAAAAAUUGCUGCUACAGUAUUUAAAAGUCUAAUUUUGUAUUCUUAUUUUGUGCACUACUAGCUGUUGUGUAUUUGAGGGAAUCUGAGACCAAACUUGAGCAAAAAGGAGAAAUCUGCUGUUUACUUUGUCAUCGCAUCUUUUUCUUGGAGCCUGAAUGUAAAAUGUAAUGGAUAACUGGAUCAACUUUAUGUUAAUGUGCAUUUGGUGGCUCGUAUAUGUGUUCAUUGCUGCAAUGUGUUUUCAAAAUUAUGUAUAUGCACAAUGCUCAAUGUGGUUCUGUCUUUAUCAAUGCUUUUCUCCAGUAUAGCCAUGCUGAGACGCUGUGAGGGACGUGUGUGGAUAGAAUGGUGCAAUGCUGCGUGUUGUUUGUUUUCGUGGGACGUCUGUCUGAAGCGGUAAGAGGAAGAGAACACAGUAACGCUGAGAGAUGGCAGGUUUUCGUAAUGUCUUCUUCUGGUGUAAGUCAUUUGGAGGUCCUGUGGGUAUCCUGUGAGGUGACAGAGAUGAAUGAUUGGCUCAGUGUCCACAUAAAGCUUGAUGUCCAUCUGACUGAUGACUCCUCCUCACAUUGUUAGCUGGCAGUGAAGACUGCUCGGGAAAAGACUGAGCAAAGUGCUUGGAAUUAUCAUUUCUGUUUAGGGGAGUUUGGCCACAGUCCUCUUUUAAACAAAAAAAUGUGUUUGUGUCUACUGGUUGUUCCUUGAGAUGAUAGUGCCAUAUUUUGUUUUGUCUAUUUUUAAAGCCUUUUUCUUUCUUACGGAUGGCAGCAGGUUUCUAAUUGGCCACCUCUCUGUAUGUUUUAAUGGUACAGAUAGUUAGCUGCUUAAUAACACUGAGACAACUAAAAAUUAACAGAUGGUUCAGUCUGAUUAUGAAGCUGAGCGCUUCAGUGGAUGAUUGGAUGUCACUGAAUUAGUUAACCUGCGUGGCUAUCCAUUGUCUAAUAUGUGGGAUUUAUUCAUACGGUGUUCAUGAAGUCAAAAAUCUUUAAGAGGAACUCAGAAAUGUAACAUACAUAGUUAUCUGAUCCGUAGUGGUGGCUAAAACCUGUCACUUAAUGAGUAAUUGUUGUAAAGAAAUGCACUGUAAAAGAUAAAUCCCAUGGGUUAAAAUAAAAGAUUAUAUCAUG